UGGAUUCGGUGGAUGACAGAUCAGUGCGCAUCAAAUUCAAAGCAGGCACGGAAAUCUGCAUCUGCAUGAGAGACGGAAUGUAGUACCAUGUUGAAGGAGUCCGAGUGUCUGGAAAAGAAAAGCAUGGGCCGCUAGGAGAAGUCCUCGUUGUAUCAAAUGCGCAGACUCUCCAAAGUCUGCACCGGUUUUUUCGCGUCCUUCAUCAUUCUUUUUGACUGUUUGCGUUUGGUUUUGCGUAAAAAAUCGCAGUCUGUAGUUCUUGAGCACGGCUACGGGUACUACGGUUUCCCGGGUGGAGGAAGCAGCGCGACUACUCCACCAUUUCUAGCCCGGUUGAAAAGCGAGCUACUGCACGUCCUCAUCGUUGUCAAGGAUUCGAGGCCAAAUCGGAGUGACGCGCACAAGAAGAUACGGCAAAUCUGCACUGACGGAAGAAAGGCUCUAGAGGACGCUACGGCGCGAACCAGCGGUCGCCACCGAAUCAAGGUUGUCACUCUAGAGGACGAUGUUCGUGGCCAAACAUAUGGGAAUGCUCCACCAGCUCCUGAUGAUGCAGAUAAUAUCAAGCUGAAAGAUUACAUCCCGAAGAAGAACCAGUUUGGCGCAAUUUACGUAAAAUCCAUCUUCGAAAAAGCGCUGGAAAUCGCGCCGAACGCAGACACCUACACCUUCGCGAACUCGGACAUUCUUUUUGAUAUGCAAUACAAAUUUCCUGUACAUGUACAAAAUGCAUGACAAUUUUUACCAAGUUGGAGCAUGCAACUUGUCAUGCUUAAUAGGAUUGGAAGAAGAGUUUGUUUUUGCAGAAACCACAUUUGUUUUUGUACGUGUGCGAGAAAUUUACUGUGGAUAUCUGACACUUCGUUUUUACAAACCGUAGCGACGGUUGCGGAUUUGGAGGAAGCGCAGCUGCGUUCGUCGAACACUGUCGACCAGGGGCGGAACAAGAACUUCCUGAUUGUAGGAAGGAGAACCAAUUUGCCACUUGCGGACUACACGGUGAUAGCGGAAGGUCAGUCAGCUACUACAGACGCAGCUGCAGCAUCAGGUUCCUCGUCCAAGAAAAGUCACGAACUCCACCACCUGAUUCAGACGAAAGGCGAGCUUUUCCGCCCUGAUGCCUGCGAUUAUUUCGUCGUUUCUAGAUCUGCGGUGCAAAACUGGCUGCUAAAAGAUCCGAUCAUCGGUGAGCUUGUCAUCGGCCGGGUGAUCUACGAUAACUACCUGCCUUUCUCAGGUUUGACGGCUGGAACAGAGAAGUCCGUCGCGAAAAAUCUCCCACCGGUAAAAGUGAUUGACGCCAGCGAAACCUUGCUCGCACUCCACCUGAUGGAUGAAUUUGGAGCGUACAGUGGUGGUGGCGGCGGCGUGAAAGACCCUGAGGACUUUUUUUUCAAUGCAAAGCAGAUUGGCAAGUGGGAGCGGGAGAAUAAGAGAAAGAUUCUGACCUACAACGAAAAAUCAGAGCCCUCGCACAUCGACGGGAGCUGGGUGAUUGACACCAAGUGGCUCACGACCCCUACGGUGCUAUUUGCCAGUGAAGGCGGCAGAAGCGACGUCACCAGUGGAGCUGACAUAUCAUCCGUGCGGCUAGCCAGACGUGCAACUAUCUGGUGGGAGAGGCUGUUCGGAAAGCGCGUGGUACGGGCGACGCGGUUGCUUCGAUAG